UCUCAAAGCCAUGUUCUCCGAGCAAGCUGCCUUUAUGAGGGAGCUGGUUUGCAGGACAGGGGCCUCUGGACAGCAGAAUGAGGCUGAAGGCUCCCCAGGCAGGCAAAGAACAACUGCCAUAAAUACAAGCUCACAAGUGGAAAAAGAGAAGAACGUGGUGUGCCUCCCGAAGACACCUCUAAUUCUCCCAUGGGCACAGCGAGGUCAGUUUUGGGGCCACAGGAGCCGCUGGACAACCAGGCAGAGACAAGAUGCUCGAGGGACCAGGAGGGCAUCCUUCUGAGGGAGGGCAUGCAGCAACAAGAUAGGGACCUGUCUGCUGAAGAAAUAAGGUUUUUGGAAGAGUAUCCCAUCAUCAAAGAAGAGCUGGAAGCGAACAUCAGAAAACUCCAUGCCCUUGCAGACCACGCUGACGCAGCUCAUAGAAUGCAGAUCAAGACCAACAUGGUGACCAACUCCAUCGCGGUGACCUCAGGAGCCAUGAACUUCCUGGGUCUGGCCCUCGCUCCAGUAACAGCGGGAGGAAGUCUGAUGCUCUCUGCUGCUAGUAAAGUUUUGGGAACAGCAGCCACGACCACCAGCAUCUUCACCAAUGUUGUGGAACACUUGCAAAAUCAAGACAUCCAAGCUCAGGUCAGCAGCCUAGUGUCUACCCACAGCCACGACGUCCGGGAGGCUGCGGUCUGCGCCAUGACAGUCGGGAAGAUGGCCUAUGAUUAUAGGAGUAAAAUCAAGGACGUCAAGAGGACCAUCCAUGCCCUUCAGAUAGCCAGGGAGCGCCCGCGUCUGGUCACUGCUGCCAAGCGCCUCAUGACCACUGGCCAAGUCUCGGCCCGGAGGAGCAGGCAGGUGCAGAGGGCCUUCAAGGGCACCACGCUGCUGAUGACCAGAAGUGCUCGCCUGAUGGGGAGUGUCAUGGCUGGCCUCUCCCUCCACUCGGAUCUGACCACCCUCCUGAAGAACUGGAAGCAACUGAAAGAGGGAGCAAGCAGCACACUUGCAGAAGAGCUGAGGGCCCAGGCUUGGGAGCUGGAAACGAAGCUGACAGAACUCUCCCAGCUCUAUGAGAGCCUGCGGCACAAGAAACUGUUGCAAGAGCAAAGGCCCAGGAGCUCAUUUUUUUUAUUUUAUUUUAUUUUUUAUUCUCUUUUUUUUUCUUUUUUUUCUUUUUUUUUCUUUCCCAGAAGCUCAUCUUAGGUGGAGCCAAGGGGUCUCCGCCUUGCCCCCUCAUCCCCCCUGCCUCCAGGCAGGUGGGCAGACGUGACAAGGCAGGAUCCCAGGUGACAGGAGAGGAUGAGGGCAGGUGGAGCCCACAGGUCACUGGGCAGAAAGAAGGGCACAGGGUAGGGGCAGGCUGGGUUGUGGGCAGAGGCGAUGCCUGGAGUGUUAGCAACCGGGAGGGCCCACUGGGUCCUGAGGGUGCUGCGAGCCAGUGAGCAUGGUGAGGUCAAUCCGUCCUGCCUCCCCUCUCCAGCCUGCUUCCUUUUGUUCCCUCUCCCUCUGCUGGGGGCAGGGGCACCUCAUUCCCACUGCCUCUCCCGUGUCCCCGUCACUCCCUCUCCCACUAGGUCCACAGGAAGCACAUGUGGAUCGGUGCGGGGGCUAUAAUACAUGCAGAGGAUGAGCCAGGAGGGUCCCCAAGGUGAGGGGUCUCCAGUGCUCUGCUCCCUUCCUCCCCCACCUCUAGGAAUGCCCAGUAAUUCUCUGGGGUUUGCAUACAAAAAGAUGUCACUGGAACCUGCUCGACCGGAUUCCAUCAGAAGGAGAGAGGCCCAGGGGCCCUUUCUCCCCGCAAGUUCAGAGCAACUUAGGAUGUCCUCUCCAGGCUUCCCGGUUCACCUGUCUUCCUGUGAACUCCUUUCUUACAUCUCAGCUGCUAUUCUGAAAGCCAUGCAUGGACAUUAAAUGCAACUUUUUAAAAUCCAGGCAAGUCAGACACAGGGGUUAGACAUAAGGCAGCAAUCAAGGGUGGCUCCUGUUGGCAGUUUGGCGUAGAAUUUCCACCCCGUGCUUCUCUUGCCUUGGGGUGUCAGAGGGCCAGCCUUGCUGACUUGUCAUGAGACUGCCCAAUGGAGACCCUCCCUCGAGGCUGUGAUACAUGAUAGAUUUUUUUCCUGCGGCCUAGAGUUUUCUCUGUCCCUCUCAUUCUCCAUUCCUUCUAGAACUUCCCAUCUUGCUGUUUUCACUUAGUGAUAUUUUCCAACCAUUCUAUAUUUCACUUCAUUUUUAGACUUUUUUAAUGUUGCAAAAUAGUCUCUCUCUCUUUUUUUUUUUUUUUUUUUUUUAAGAUUUUACUUAUUUAUCCAUGAGGGACAGAGAGAGAGAGAGAGAGGCAGAGACACAGGCAGAGGGAGAAACAGGCUCCAUGCAGGAAGCCUGACAUGGGACUUGAUCCCUGGGCUCCAGGAUCACGCCCUGGAUCAAAGGCAGGCGCCAAACUGCUGAGCCAUCCAGGGAUCCCCACAAAAUAGUCUCUUGAUUAUAUAUACGAUCUUUUAUUUUUUAAUUUUAUUCUAAAGAUUUUAUUCAUUUAUUCAUGAGAGACAGAGGCAGAGACACAGCAGAGGGAGAAACAGGCUCCCUGCAGGGAGCCCGAGAUGGGACUUGAUUCCCAGACUCCAGGAUCAAGCCCUGGGCCAAAGGAGGCGCCAAACCAGGGAGCCACCCGGGGAUCCCUAUAUAUGAUCUUUUAAAGUAGACAUGUGUUAGUCAUCAUUCUCUGUUUUAAGUGACCAAAAGUAAGGCAAACUGGCCUACACAAAAAAGGGAAUUUAUUGACUCAUGGGCUUAAAAAGCUUAGGGAUCCAGCGGCCUGCAGGUGCAUCUGGACCCAGAGAGUAAAAAUGAUGUCACCAGGCAUUUGUCUUUCCAUUUCUCAGACAGGCCUGCACGAGCUUCAGACAAGAGGCACGCCCCCCAACUCCUCCACACCCCGCUGCACCCCCUUCAGCCGGGGAAAGGAGCAGGGCAGACCUCCAGGGCCCACUCUGAGUGGUCAGGACUGGGUCACGUGCCUUUGCCUGUGCCGGUUGCAGGUCUGAGCUGGGGAUGCUACGGAGUACGUGAGUGGAGAAAGGAGUCCAAAGAGGAAAAGCCACAAGUGGUACAGUAGCUGCCCUCCUCUUUCAGGGACAUUUAGAUGACUUCGUGUUUUUUUUUUUUAUUAUUAUGCACAGUGGUACAAUGAUAUCUGCGUGCCAAAAUCUUGUUGCAUCAUUAUUACAAUGUUUUUUUUCUUAAAAUAGAAUCCAUGAAUUGAGGUGUCCUGAAUAAAGAAGGAUCAUAUGAAGGGAAAGGAGGAGUCUCCUCCUACCCCCCAAUACAGUAGUGAAAUACAUCAUGGGAAGCCGGGGAAAGAUUUAGAGUGGAGGGGAAAGAGAGGCACUAUCCUCAUUUCGGUCCACAGCCCGACAGUCCCGUUGUCCGCACCCCGCCGUCGAGGGGAGAAAUGCUUGCCAUGCCAUGCCACUGUGCUUUCUGCUUUUGCUGUCUUGUUUCUUCGUCCGAAGUUCUUCACAAGCAGAAUGAUGGCAGAAAAACUCUCUGAAGGCCUGAUAUAAUACGGAAGCCACUUAAGGAUCAACAGGGCCGCGUGUAAACCUUGUUCGGACCAAAAGCCUGACUCAGGGCCCGGCACGCUCAUGGGUCAUGCACCUGCUUCGUGAAUGAGCGGCCCCAAGGGAACCAUCCUGUCCUUGAGACGUCAAUCAAUGCUCCUAGGCCCUGCAUCCCUGUCUGCCGGCCUGCGAAUCUAUAAUCAUUAGAGCUUUUACAAGAUGUAAAAAAGGCUGUAACCCUGUACAAAUUGUUCAUUUUCUUCCCCGGGAAGGGCGUGCGUUCCCGGGCAGCUGUUCUUCCUGACUUGAGCUCUUUCUUACUUUUAGAGAUUUUAAAAGGUGUGUUCGUUGUUGUGUCCACAAUAAAUAAAUAAACAAUAAGUAAAUAAACA